CCUGUGUACAUAGCUCGUGAGAUAUUGAAUAAAGAGAAAUACAAAAUAUCUUCGGAUAUCUACUUUUGGCGUCACCAUUUUGUUAUUUCUGGAAAACGAAUUCAAAAAAGAGAGUCAAUCACUCAAGAGGAGUAUACUUUAAUAUUAGAGUGUUGGGAUGAUGAGCAAAUAAAACGGCAAUUGAUUACAAUUGUUGUACAAAAACUCGAAACAAUUAAUUUACAUCAAUAA